AUGGGACAAGACAAUCAGACAAGUCUCAGAGAAUUUGUGCUUCUGGGAUUCUCCAGAGAUCGUGGAACCAAUGUGUUCCUUUUUGUAGUGGUCCUCUGUAUGUACCUCUUCACCUUGGCAGGGAACACACUCAUUACUGUGGCUAUCCGUGUUGAUACACGGCUCAACACUCCCAUGUACUUCUUCCUGAACAAUCUGUCUGUCCUGGACAUAUGCUACACAACUAGUGUCGUGCCUCAACUGCUGGUCCAUUUCCUGACUAAUCAAAAAAACAUCUCUUUUACCCGGUGCAUAGCACAACUUUCUAUCGCGCUAUUCUUUGGUAGCAUUGAAUAUGUACUGUUAGCAUUUAUGGCCUAUGACAGAUAUGUGGCUGUCUGUCAUCCUUUGCAUUACAAAACUAUAAUGAAUAGGAGGGUGUGCAUCCAGAUGAUGAUGGCUUCCUGGAUCUCUGGCUUUAUCAAUGCUGCAGUACAUACUGCAUUCACCAUGCACCUUCACUUCUGUAGGUACAACAUCAUCAACCACUUUGUUUGCGAACUCCUAGCCGUUAUCAAUCUGGCUUGUUCAGAUACUUUUGUUAAUGAUAUUGGACUUAUGGUGUCAGGAGUUUUUGUCCUGUUUAUCCCCUGUACUCUGAUAAUGCUCUCCUAUGUGUAUAUAAUCAGUGCUAUCCUGCGCAUCCGCUCUGCAGAAGGCCGGCACAGAGCCUUUUCCACAUGCACUUCUCACCUGACUGUGGUCACCCUCUGUUAUGGCACAGCAAUGUUUGCUUAUAUGACUCCUAAAGCCAAGACAUCCCCCAACCGAGACAAGGUGCUUUCUUUCUUAUAUGCAGUGGUUACACCCAUGCUCAACCCUCUCAUAUACAGCUUAAGAAACAAGGAAGUAAAAGCAGCCCUUACCAAAGUAGUGCAAAGGAAAAAAAUUGUUUUAGAAUGA